AUGAGCGAAUCGAAAUUAUAUUUUAUCAGUAUCAUUUUAUAUUUAUAUAUUUUAUUGACUGUUGCCGAUAAUAAUGAAAGUAAUAAUAAUGUUGCCGCUGCUAAACCGUAUGCGCGAGUAUGUGGCGACAUUCAUGUAACAGUAUUCGAAUUAAAAACUGGUUUUAAGAACAAUCAGUUGCUGUUAUGUGAAAUAAGUCUUGGUUCUGUUACAUAUGCUCCAAUGAAUUCCGUAAAGAAUGCAAGCACAGCAACGUCAAUAUCUUUUCCACAUCUUCGUGAAAUCUAUGGUUAUGUGUUACUAGGUUAUUCAUCCGUGGAUUCAUUUUCAUCCAUGUUUCCGAAUUUAUCCGUUAUACAUGGACGAGAUUUACAUCAGGGUUAUUCAUUAAUUGUCACGAACAAUUUUCUAUUAAAUGAAUUAGGUUUAAAGUCAUUAAUGAGCAUACGCCGAGGAAAUGUAAUUAUAGCUCGAAAUGCUCAAUUGUGUUAUGGAAAAUCUUUACGUUGGAAUGAUUUAUUAGAAACAAAAAAGAAUCAUAUUAUAUUACGACAAAAUCGCGAUAAUUGUGCUUUCUGUCCGACAUGUCCAUCAGCAUGUUGGUCGCCAACACAAUGUCAAAAAAUAUGUUCAGCAAAUUGUCAAGGAAAUUGCGUAUCAGCAAAAGUCUGUUGUCACGAACAAUGUGUUGGAGGAUGUUAUUAUCAUAAUCGAACUAUGUCAUCGACUUUAAUUUGUAAUGCUUGCAGAAACAUGAGAAUCUAUUCUACGGGGAUAUGCGUACAAAAAUGUCCAACAAAUAUGUUGAAAACUCGCAAUUCGUUAUGUGUAACUCCUGCAGAAUGUAAGUCGUUGGUUUCGGGCACUGCUUUCAUUUUAGAAGGGACAAAUGAAUGCGUUUUAUCUUGUCCGUCUGGUUUUGUUCGAGAGCCAGAUUCACGUUGCGUUCGUUGCAUAUCAUCGGCAGAUAAUAGUUAUUGCAAUGGUACAUGUCGCGAUAAACAUAUUCAAUCAAUAGAAGACUUUAAAUUAUUAAAAUAUUGUUCACGCGUAUAUACAUUAAGUAUUUAUAAUAUACAAACAGUCGAAUCAAAAGGAACUAGUUUCCAAGAAGCAUUUGCUGCAUUUGAAUCACUAGAGCAAAUUGAUCAUGAAUUUACAAUACGUAAUGUUAAAAUAUUUUCAACAUUAAAAAUAUUUUCUCGACUUCGCCGUAUUGGCACAGCAUCAAAUUCUUCGAUGACAAUUGAGGAAAACGAAUUUCUAACUGAACUAUGGCCAUCCACACAACCGCGGCCAACUAUUCAAGGGAAUUUAAAUAUUGUUCGUAAUGCUCGUUUAUGUAUAGAACAUAUUACAGAUUUUAUUAAUUAUACAACUAAACAUGAACGAGAUCUUCAACCAACACCCGACACAUUGAAUCAAUAUGCUAAUGGAUAUUUAACAUCGUGCGAAUCAAAUUUUUUAGAAAUAACAAUUAGUAAUAUAAGUUCAUUAACAGCACGAGUUAAUAUUGCUAUAGCAAAAGAUUUAUUUCUUCACUCAAGUGGUAAAGCCAAAAAUUUACGUCGGUCAUUUUUCUCAGUUUUUUACAAACCAACACGAACGAAAAAUGAAACAUAUUUCGAUGCAACACAUUCAUUGAAUUGGUUAAGAAAGGUUGAAAUGGUCAAUUAUAAUCGUCCACCAAAUAGUGAAUCGUUUAAAAUGAGCACACAAUUAGAGUCACUUGUUGGCUAUCAAUGGUAUGCAGUUUAUGUAUCAAUAACAUCAAAUCUUGAUACAAUCGGUUCAUUUUCUUCUAUUACUUAUUUUCAAACAUUACAACGUCAACCGGAACCAGUGCUUAAUUUGCAUGGUAAAUCAUUAUCUCGAUCAACAAUUGAGUUAGUAUGGCAAACGCCAUCGAAACCUAAUGGUCCAACAACAAAUUAUCUCGUCUAUUAUGCACCCAUAGAAGAUCGUUUACCAGUCGAUAAUUCAAAAUUAUUGUGUUUAAUGAAAGAUCGUUGGCGAUCGGAAGUAAAUGUUCAAGUUAAUAAUUUAAAUCUUACGCAGUCAGUACAAUGUUCACAAUCUAAAACUGAAGUAAAUAAUGUGAUCACAAAUAAUUAUGAUUAUGAUGAUGAAGAAAGUACAAAUAUUGACCACGUUGCAACGGAUUUAUCUAUAAUUGAAUAUAAACUUAUUAAUUCUGUCACUCGACGAAACGAUCCCCUAACGCUUAGUAAAGAAGUUAAAGCUGACAUCAUCAAUAAUUUAGAUAUUUUUUUUGAAAAUAACACUACUGAUUUUAAUGAUAACUAUCAGAUAGACGUUCAAGAGUCAUCCGUUGUUGAACACAGACCAUAUAUUGAUCAAUACAAUCGAUCUACAUCCGACACAAGAAUUAUUAUUGACGCUUUAAAAGAAGCACAACUGUAUCUAUUUCAAGUAUAUGCAUGUCAUAAUAUAUCGAAACAAGCUUUAUCGAAUUCUUGUAGUCUUAAUGGAAUUAUAUUAGCGGUUAGAACAAAACCCGGUGAUGCUUCGCGUGAUUUAGUACGGAAUGUUCAACUUACCUCUUCAGCAGAUGAUUCUGAUCGUUUAACAGCUGGUGAAAGACUAUUUCUGUAUCGAAUAUCAUGGUUGGAACCACUAGACCCAAAUGGACUUGUUUAUUAUUAUAUGAUAUAUAUUGCACAAAAUAGUAAUAAUGAAUCAGUACAAGAAUAUUGUGUCGGUUAUGAUAAAUAUUCAAUAAGUGUAAUACUUUUACCGAGUACAACGUAUCGUUUAAGAAUCAUAACAUAUACAAUAGCUAGAUUGAAUAACGAAUAUGACGAUAGAGAACGGAUCAAUGGCGAACCCAGUCCAUCGAAUUCAACAAAUUUUAUUUUUGAAUUGACUUUUACAACAAAAGGUUUAUCAAGUAAUCAAUUAUUUCGACAAAAUCGUUUACCAAUAUUUAUAUUAAUAAUUUUGUUAACUAUAAUUUUACUAAUCGUUAUAGUUAUUGCACUAAUUUAUUAUUAUAAAUCUCGUCGAAGGACUAAAACAUCAAGACCAGCAUUUCGUUGCUUGUUAACGACUGUAUACGACGACGUAAACGACCGUACGCGAUCGUACUCAUUGCAACAUACGAUGGUAUAA